AGCUCUAGGUGAACAUUGACUACUGUUUUGCGAAAAAAAAAUCAAAGCCGUUUUUGGAGUUUGAUGGCAGUGAAAUAUUUAUUUUUUAAGUUUUGUAAUAAGAAAAAGUAAUUUUGAGAAAUAACUUGACAACAAAUAUAUUUUUGAUUAAGUUUAAAGGCUUCAUUUUAUUUGCCUUGAAAGACUAAAAUUGAAAAAUAUAGUUAAGAAAUAUUUACCGCUGACCGAAGAAAAGUCUUUAGAAUAGUAGUUACGUUUUUAAAGUACCGUAAUGUCUUCAACUUCAACUGCUAGUGGUGGAACUAAUACCAGCGGCUCCACUAGUAAUGUAGCCAGCGGCUCAAGUGCUUCCGCUACGACAGGUACAGCAACCAAUAUGACUACUGCAAACAAUGCAAAUGCCGGAUCUGUUGCACGGGGUCGCAACGGUGCUACUGGCAAUAAUUCGGGGUCCGCCGGUUCUUCGACAAAUUCAUCUACUUCUUCAGGGACAACGACAGCUGAAGAGACCCGCAAAGAUCCCAAACCAAAUCAGAAAAUUUCGAAAGCUUUGGGCACUUCAGCUAAACGUAUACAAAAAGAAUUGGCCGAAAUCACAUUGGAUCCACCUCCUAAUUGUAGUGCUGGUCCGAAAGGAGAUAACCUGUAUGAAUGGGUUUCCACUAUAUUAGGACCGCCCGGUUCUGUUUAUGAGGGUGGUGUCUUCUUUCUAGAUAUACAUUUUUCACCCGAAUAUCCCUUUAAACCACCCAAAGUUACUUUUCGCACUCGUAUCUAUCAUUGUAAUAUCAAUAGUCAAGGUGUUAUUUGCUUGGAUAUUCUUAAAGAUAAUUGGUCACCGGCAUUGACCAUAUCAAAGGUUUUGCUAUCAAUAUGCUCCCUGCUAACUGAUUGCAAUCCUGCCGAUCCUUUGGUUGGCAGUAUCGCUACUCAGUACUUGCAAAAUCGUGAGGAACAUGAUCGGAUCGCUAGACUUUGGACAAAAAGGUAUGCAACAUGAUUUCCCAAAAUGACAAAGUUUAUGUCAUAUAAUAACCAAUGUUGUAGCGUGUAUAAGAAAACCUCAUCAACUAUCUUAAAAAUAUUAAGGCGAACAACUGCAACAAUAGAAACCAUAGGACGAGAAUGUAAUUGAAUAUAAACCGAAUUAUUGUAACAAAUCUACUGAAUAUUAUUGCGUAAUAACUAUACAUUUAUAUUAAAAUGUAAUAAUUAAUUAUAAUUUAAAAAUUUAAUUUAAGCGAUAAAACAAAAGCGUCAAAGAUACGGAUUCAACUAAACUUAUCCUAACAUAACAUAAAUGUGUUUAUUUAUGUAAAAAAAAAUAAAAAAACAAAAUAAAAAAAAAAGAAGAAAAUUUAAAACGAAACUGCAGACAAAACAUUAAGCAAAAACCACAAAAAAAAAAAACAUGCGAAAAAUAUACUCUCCUAUCUUUACGAUGACGUCAUUAUUACGUGAAGUAAAUAAAUAAGAAAAAAGGAAAAAGAAAACAAAAAAAAAAAAACAAAAAAAAACGAAAACACAAGGAUAUUAAAUAGAUUUUAGGAUUUCCGUAACUAAGGCUUAAAUAGGGUCUGUUUUCUCUUUUCAUUAUUUUACAAUUGAUGUGUAAUAUUUUUCAAUAUUUUUGAGAAAUCAUUAAGUGACGACGACUACAUAUAUAAAAGCUCUUUUUACCAAAACACACAUUUUAGUUUCCUAACUUUAGACUGCAUUGAUUUGACUUUUUCCCAUUAAUAUAUAUUUUGUAUAACUCAUUAAAUUACAAUAAAUAAAGUAAAUGAAAAGGAAUGUGUGCUUCAUAAGCAUCAUUAUUCAUAUAUUCUAAUCUCAACUACUAUCAUCUUUACAAUAAUAAUGGUCAACUGAUAAUUUGUAA